UCGCAUUUUCUCCAAUUCAGCGAUCUUCAUUUUUCCUUUGUCCUCUUUUUAAUGCGAUCUCGCUCCCUUGCUGUUGUCGUUCACCAUCCGAUAAGCCUGCGCAAGUCUUCUGGUUGAGAAAUACAGGGGAAACCAGAAGUCAGCUUUGACGACGGUUGAUUUCAGUUAACGAGUCCCCGGAGAAGGCCAAAAAACGAGGUCAAAAAGGAAAGAGAAGGAAGGAAAGGACCGUAAAUAUCGAGGGGAAAAUGGCCACCACCGAAAUGCAGUCCAUCUAUACCCCCUCGACCUCUACGCAUAUCUCCUCCCACGCCCCGGCUGCCGUCGACGAACUGAUCAAUAAAUACUCCUCGACCAUGUCGACUACUAUUAACACACCUUCCAUAUCGCAGCCCCAUCGAUGCAUGUUGGGCCGUGCCGUCGAUCGCAUCCACCUGGAAUAUUACCGGUACGAGGUGACUUUCGGGAUCUACGUCCUGACCCCCGGCGAGAAACUGGCCGCCAACACCUUUGUCAUGGUGUUCAUGACUCUUCUUCUCUGGGCAUUACUCCUCUACUUCCCUGCAUUGCUCUACAACAAGCUCAGUCGUCUCGUGUGGUUGUUGACAGGCCACAGCGGCGAGGAGAUGGGGGCCGUUCUGGGCAUUCUCGAUACACGUACUGGUGCCACAUCGCCGGCGUUUUCGAGCCCGACAUCUUAACCACUAGCUGUCGGGCUGCAUCUGAUAAUUUUUUACUGUCAUUCGAUGCUCGAUACGGAUUUUAUACGGCGUUGGAUUUCGAUUUUGGUGCUUCCAUGACGCUUACUAGCGACGCCAUCAUGGGCAUGCAUACGGGACUCAUGUUGU